AUGGGCGACCUUCAACCCCCAUACCUGACCAUCCGGACGCUCAGCAGCGGCGGCGACCGGAACAGCCUCACAAGCACCGACUCGGCAUAUGCGUCUGCAAACAGCGAUUUCACUGUGCCGUCGACCACGCACGAUAUCGGCCGCGUCAACUACCACGUCAAGCACCUCGACUCCUUUGCCCGCACACUCGAGGACUCAGCCAGCCGCGCAUUCCCCAACCGCGGGCGCUCUCAUCAACGGUACACCAAGGUCGUCUCCUUGCUGCUGCACUGGAAGUCGGACGACUUGUUUGUCCUCCCCGAGCUGGAGGAUCUAGAGAAGUGCAUGCGCGAGGAAUACGGCUUUGAGACGGACACGUUUCCUAUCCCGUCCGAGAACGCUCAUCUUGAGCUUAUGAUGCGCAUUGGCGCCCUCAUCAAGGACCACGAAGCAACCGACACACUAUUUAUUGUCUACUACGGCGGACACGCGCGCAUCGACGAGUCGAGGCAAAGCACUUGGUGCGCAACACGGAAUCCAAACUCACCCUGGCUGCAGUGGUCAGCCAUCCAGACCCUCCUCGAGCGCUCCGUCUCGGACACGCUGAUCUUGCUCGACUGUUGUGCCGGAGCCGCCAGUGCCACGUUCCCCAACGGGAAGAGCAUCACAGAGACCAUUUCCGCCUCCAGUUGGGACGCCAUCGCCCCGGAUCCGGGCCGGUACUCUUUCACGAACGCGCUCAUCGAGGUGCUCCAGGAGUGGCGUGUGCGUACGUUCUCGGCUGCUAUGCUGCAUGCCGAAGUGCUUGCUCGGUUAAAGCAUCCUCGCCCCAUCACCAUCAACGGCAAGCUCUUCGAAGCUCGCUCCACCCCAGUGCAUUUCAUGAUGACGGCCAACCACAGAGCCCCGAGCAUCGAGAUCAGUCGCAUCCUCCCUCGUAACCGCCAGCUGCCUUCGCCGCCAGCAGAACAAGACUAUGGUCCCUAUCUCCCAGGCCCUUCCGGCGGGCGUGGACCGCUCAGCGAGCCGGUCAGCGACCCGAACGAGGAUGAGCCGCAUGUCAUGAUUUCGUUGGCACUGGAGGACGACCAAAAUCUCGAUCUGAAUGCUUGGGAGCAAUGGCUUUCCAGCUUCCCUGCCCUUGCCAAAUAUGUCAAGGUACAGGGUGUUUUCAAAAGCCACUCUACCCUCCUCCUCCUCUCCGUGCCAGUGAUGGUGUGGGACCUACUUCCUGAGAACCGUGCUUGUUCUUUUGUGGCCUUCAUUCGGUCCAACAACCUCAUUGCCGAGAAGCGAUCCACCACCCCCGAGAGCGUCUCGACCGCAAUACCAGUGCCAGUGCCGACAGACAGUGCUGCGGCAAAGGCACCGGAAAGCGGCAGCAUCAGCAAUGUCGAUGUCUCCAAGGUCGAUGCCGCCGAGACUGUGACCGCCGACGUUGACGCUGAGGACGAGAGCGACGUUGAGAGCAUCGACGGAUACACCAACUCCGUCAUCUCGGGUACCACAUUCACGCCAACAGCGCCUAGUGUCCGUAUGAGCAUUGCGACCACCGCCGUCAGUAUCGGCGACUCAAUCUCCCAGCGUCAAUACCCUCCGCUGCGGCCUCCGCCAGUGACGUCUGCAUCGUCCUCCUUUAUCUCACGACCUGCACCAGGAGGCAUUCAACGCACGCUGUCGCAGGGUUUCGGACACGGUGGGCCUGCCACUCCUUUCGAUCAAACGUCAUCGAUUAGGAGUGUUAGCCCCAGCCAAGUCCGUCCGAGUGAUGGUCCGAAGCUCGCACAACAUAUCGUCGACCGCCUCGAGGAGUAUUUCCAGCAGCAUCCCAAUCCGAGUGUGGGUAUUGCCGAGUUCUUCGCCUCCAACCUCGGGGUUGAAAAGCGGGACAUUGAUCUUUGGUUCCAUCGACGGCGACAACAGGAGUCGAUGACGCAGAACCUGCAAAAUCUGAAGAUGGUUGACCACCCAUCGUUUGACUAUGGCGAUGGAAGCGGCGCCAACAUGAUCCUCCCGGGACAGUUGAACAAGCUGCUUGACAUCUUCCCUCCGAACAAUCUUCUCUUUGUUGAUCUUCGGUCCCCGACAGACUUUGACAAGUCUCACAUCUAUGGAGCCGUCAACUUGCGAACUCCCGUUUCCUUUAUUGAGCAGGGGUUCGACCUCCUCGACAAAGUCUUCACAGACGACCAAAGUCGCAGGAACUUUGUGCGGGCACCGUCGUCCCGGUGCAUCAUCUUCUACGACCGAGUUCUGGAGUUUCCUUGGGAAUGUCCCAUGGCGGACUCUCUGAUCGGUCAACUCCGCACCCACAAGGGCUGGACGGGCGACUACUAUGUCCUCAAGGGCCAUUACCGUGAGUUCUCGGCGUCCUUUGAUAAGUACAUCACGGGCGACAAGAUGUCACAAGCGGCCAAGGACUACGUCGACAGCCUGCGGCAGCGGACGCCCCUCUCGGAAUCCGACAAGGAGCGUACGGAGCAUAGCUACGCCGAGUGGAAGGCACUGGUUGAGCAUGAAAGCCGAAACUCGCUGCCGGACUCGACUGCGCACCUUGACGAGCGGCGGCAAGCCGUUGACCAACACCAGGCUGAGCUCGAAGCGGAGCUUGAACGCCGCAACCCAGUGCUCUACCGGAAAGCGUUGGGCCUGCGGCAGAUGCCUCUGAAAAAGAGCUACUCGACGACGAACAUGCACGGCAUGACGAAGGGUGGCUUCAGUGACAAGUACCUCGAACACAACCUGCGGACGGAGCUCGUCGGCCCUCUGACACGCGGCCUCGAGAAGAUGCACAGCCACGAUCAAAGCUACCUCGGCCACAGCGACUCGCCGCAUCAAGUCACACCAGGCUACGACAAGCUGGGCGAGCUUACAGAAACGUCGUCUCGCCCGUCAGCGUCUGAUGAGUUUGAUGAGAUGGAUCCCCGAGACGAUCUGCUACGGGACGACCCAGGUUUCCAAAAGGCAGGCCGCCAUGCUGGCCUGGGUGGCUCCAGUAACGACGCGGGCGCGGGCAGAGGCGGCUCGAAUGCGGCCGACCUUCCACGCAGCCGUGAGAAGUCGUUCUGGAAGCGCCUGCGUGUCAACAAAUAA